AUGUCCGCCCGACCUUCGCGGACCACGCGAAGCUCAGCAUCAGCCACAGCACCAGCAGUUGGGCCCCCCACCGGCCUCCGCACGCGCAAACAAUCCUCCCUCGCACCUCCCCCUCCGCCUCCUUCAACAUCAGCCAACACCGCCCGCCGCACAACCCGUUCGUCGCGCUCGACUACCCCCGCUCCGCCUCCGGAAGUCAAGGUCACGCAGACACGUGCAUCGGUCGCUCGAGCUGCCACAACAACCUCGGCUGCGACGCGUCCGCUUCGAACUUCGUCGAGGCUGAAUGUUACGAGUCUUCCGCCUCCUACGACGCCUGGCGUGCGACGAGGAGCGUCUUUGGCUGUGCCCACGUCGGCUGUCAAGCCAAAGACGCCCGGGCUGUUGAGUCGGAUGACGAGCAGGGAGUCGUUGAGGCAGCCAAAGACGCCUGCGGCGCACUCGGGCGCGGUAGGACACCUAGCGAGGGCGAGCGAUGGGUUUGAGGGACCGAGGGAACCUCUCAAGGCGUACUUGCGGAUCAGGCCUGCGCCGCCUGGCGUUCGUUUGCAGAGCUACAUCCAGGUCCUGAACGACACGGAUGUACUGAUGGUCCCGCCUGCGGACCACCGCUUGAACCCCUCGUCCUCGACCUCCUCCCUCUUCUCCAACGCCCUCCUCCGCUCGUCCAACCUCAACUUGAACCCGUCCUCUCAUCCGUCCGGCGUUCCCGACGACAUCCUCGCCUCGCCCAUCCCUCACUCGCAAGUCUUGACGCCCGACUCGUCAACCUUCGGUGCACUCUACAAGUUUACCUCCGUCUUCCCCUCUCAUCCCUCUUCUCCAACCACUUCCACCGCCUCUGGGUCGAAAGAGAGCGGCCAAUCCCAAUCCUCCUUCUUCCGAGCCACGACUCUCCCCCUCGUCCGCGAUUUCCUCCAGAACGGCGAGAACUGCCUGCUGUUCGCGUAUGGGCCGACGGGGAGUGGGAAGACCUUUACGGUGCAGGGUGGAGCGGGGGAGGAGAGGGGAUUGUUGCCGCGCGUCGUGGAGGUCGUCUGGAAGAGUCUUGAGAAGAAGCGCGCCAUGCCUGGACAGUUCACCCCGCCUCGAGCAGCUCCUGCAGGUAAACCGAUGACCUCGACUCCGAACGCCAAGUCUGCCGACGAGACUGCGCCUGAGGACCCUGACUUCGUCCCCGUCGACCAGAACUACGAGUACGCGGUCUGGGUCUCCUACUCGGAGAUCUACAACGAGAAGAUAUACGACCUGCUCGAGUCGCCCAUCCCGGCUCCCACGCCCUCGACGCCCGCUGCUUCCGUUUCUUCAGGCGGCGGGAUGCUCAAGGGUCUGUUCAAGAAUUUCACGACGGUCAAACGGAGCGCGUUGAGCCUCAAGGCGGACAAGGCACCUGCGGCGGGACAAGGUGCGACGACGAAGGUUGUUGGCGGGUUGCAAGAGGUCAAGGUAUCGAGUGCAGAGGAAGCGCACGCUGUCCUCUCGCGCGGCCAGUCGAACCGCCGCGUCUUCAGCACACUCGCCAACCGCGCCUCGUCCCGCUCACACUCGAUCUUCACCAUCAAAGUCGUCCGCACCUCGCGCGUCACCGGCUCCGAGUUGACUAGCCGAUUCAGCAUCGUCGACCUUGCUGGGAGCGAGCGCGUCGUCCAUACGCAGACCACGGGCGACAGGCUGCGCGAGGCUGGCAACAUUAACAAGAGCUUGAUGGUGCUCGGACAGUGCAUGGAAGUGCUUAGGAAGAAUCAGGAGCGAGAGAAGGGGAGAAAGCCCGCCAUCGUCCCCUUCCGCCACAGCAAGCUCACGGAGAUGUUCCAAAGCUUCUUUGUCGGCGACGGCAAAGCGGUUAUGAUCGUCAAUGUCAACCCCUACGAAACCGGCUUCGACGAGAACUCGCACGUCAUGAAGUUCUCAGCCGUCGCCAAGGGCGUCAUGACCGUCAAGCGGGGGCCGGAUGCUGUCGUCGUCGCCGCUGCUCCCGUCCCGGUUCCGCAAGAGCUGAAGACAUUGCCGGAGGUGAAGAAGAAGGCUGAACCGAGGAUCGUGCGGCUGUCGCUCGUCGAGGGAGGCGAGGAAGAGGAGAUCAUCUACGAGGAGGAGGAUCUGUCCGACGACGAGGACGAGGACGAGUUCUUCAAUGCCCUCUUGGACGAGCUGUCCACCCUUCGCACCGCACUCUACGAGUCGCAGCUGAAUGCCGAGCUCGUCGUAUCGAACGUCCGCGCGCAGAUCACCAAGGAGUACGAGCAGAAGAUGCUCGACAUGGAGCGGCGCUUCCAGGACCGGUUGCGCGAAGAGGCCAUUGAAGCGGAGAACAAGCUCAAUGCCAAGCUCGACAUCCUCACCCGCUUGCAAGCAGCCAAGACUCCCGGCCGCGGCGCGAACCGCAAGAUUUCGCUUACACCGUCGACCGCGUAUGAUGACUCGGACGACGGUGAGGCGGGUGAGGGCGAAGAGGAGGAAGAGGAGGAGGUGGAGAAGAUGCUCUUGUCGGCGAGUCGAGGGCCGGACACCAGCUUCGCCGAGUCUUCGGCAUCCAUGUCUCCCCUUGCACACCGAACCAAGGCGAUCGGCCGCGACAUGGACGACGUCUCGCACCGCGCUGCCUCGAAGGCUCUCUCGCCUCUUGCGCAAGAAGUCUUUGGCGAUGAGGAAGAGGAGGACGAGCUCGCCGGGGACGACCGCGAGAAUGGCGGGGGCGCCGCUCAUGCAGUUCAGCUUGAUGCCGAAGCGGACUUGAGCGCCGCUGCCGAGCUCGCUGAGGUCGAACAGCGGGCUGGAGAAGAGGCGUCAAUUGUCGAGCUCGACGUGGAGGAGGUCGAUGAGGCGGAAGGCUCCAGCGACGACUUUGUCGACGACGGCGCCUCAAACGGAUCCGACGCCGACUACGAGGUCUCGCCGCCUCGCAGGAAACCCUCUCCGCUGAAGAAGCCUGUCGUGCCUGACUCGCACACGCCCGUCUCGACGCCCAAGACUCGCGCGGAUAAGGAGAACGAGGCGCCCGGUUCGGCUGCUUCGGCGGGUACUGAUGGCGCUGGCGGAGACGAGCUCGACGAGGCAGACGAGUUUGGACUCGACAAGAGCAUGGUCAUUCGCUCGGGCAGCAAGAACAAGAAGUCGAAGCGGAAACUCGGCGCCAAGGUCGUCGACGUCGAGGACAUCGACACGUACGAAGGCAUCCUCUCGCCCAUCCGCAAGACUCCUUCGAACCGCAACUUCCUUUACUGA